AGCACCAAAUCAAUCAGCUUCUUCCUCCUCCUCCUUCUCUCUUUCUUUUUCUGCUUCCUCUCGAAUCUGCUUAUUAUCCUCUCGCAGUUUGCUUAUCUUUCGUGUAAAUUAAUUCGAAAGUUUUUUUGUUUGUGAAGAUCAGAUAAGUGAAUGGCUUCGUAUUACUCUGGUUUUUUGAGUUGUGAAGAGCCACACUUUUUGGAAUCUUGUUCUCUUUGCCGUAAACACCUUGGUCUUAACUCCGAUAUCUUCAUGUACAGAGGAGACAAGGCUUUUUGUAGCAAAGAGUGUAGAGAAGAACAGAUUGAAUCUGAUGAAGCCAAGGAGAGAAAGUGGAGAAAAUCGUCAAGAUCUCUCCGGAAAAACUCUUCGUCUGAAACUAAAGAAUCCGUCGCCGGUAACACCGUACGGGCAGGAACUCUUGUGGUGGCUUAGUAGAAGAAAAUUUUAUUACAUAAAUAUGAAAGCAAAUAGUGUUUUUUUUUCUUUUGUAUACCUUUUUUUUUUUUUUUUGUUUAAAAUCUAUCAUCCUUCAAAUCAGAAAACCCUUCUUCUUAAACCACACUCAUAAUAUCUCUCUCCCCAAGAGCUGCAAAAGUUUCUGCUCUGUUUCUAUGUUGGAUUCAGAUCGGAAUCUGAGAACAUUGUAGAUCUGGUUUUAUGUAAAUGAAUGUGGAGUUUUGGGAAGGGACAGAGAGAGAGUGUAAGAAGAAAAGGUUCCAUUGUUUUGUAAUCUUGGGGUUGAAAUUUUGUUCGAUUGUGUUUCAUAAAGAAGAAACAGAGCAUAAUAACUAUGUUCUAAUAAAAAUUCAA